UUUGACCAUUAGCAGUUGGUGCGAGCAGAAACGAAAAGCCAUGAAUCUCAAAUAUCAAACUUUUGAGUUUGAGUUGAAGUGGUUCACCCAAGAACAAAAUCAUCCAUCAUACUCUCUUCUCUUCUCUUUCCAAUUCUAAUCCUAAAUUUCCUUUUUUCUUAGUACUACAAGCUGGAUAUAUUACCCACACAAACUCGCCAUGACUCUACAACUUCUCUCUGCAUUGAUUGAACUUCGCGCUUUCCCCAAAAAGGUUUGCCAGCACGAAUAAAUCUCACCUCGUUCAUUAAUCGCUACUUAGAUUUUUGCUUCAUCUCUAUCUGCAAUCCCCGGUCAAAAUAUUUCUAGGGUUAGGGUUUGUGUGCAUCGGUAGGGUUUCUUGCUUUUCCUAAGAUCCCUUUGGGAAUUACCUAAUUCAACCGAAAAGGUAUAUAGGGUUUGCGUUUUCUUUAUUGAAUUAAGCAUGCAAUACAGUAGACGGCGCGAGGAAGACCACACUGCACCGCACCGAUUCGAGUCGGGUCCCGACCCGUUUAGGAGAAACAGGAGAGACGGGUCGGAUCCGGUGCAGCAGAGAAAGAUGAGCCCUAUGAAGGUGGAUGGGGCGAGAAGGGGUGGUGGUGGGAGCAAAGGGGGUUCUGAUGGGUUUGAAGGGAGGGAUUAUGAUUGGCAGCGUGUGGGUGGUGGUAGAAGGAGUGGUAGGGUUCGGUCAAGGUCACCUCCAAUUGAGACAGUAAGGAAAAGGUCACACUUUGAUGAUGGGGUUAGCCGUGAUAGAAGUUGUUCACCACCACCACCACCACCAGGCUCGAGAGCAAGGUACGAGUUGUCAAAAGCCAUGCAUUACUCUGUCGAUAAUGGAAACUUAGAUGCAAAGCGCAUUUACCUUGAUAGAGAGAAGGACUUGGUUGAGGGCAAGUUGGGUGGUGGGCAUGGUGGUAUGGUGGAUCAGAAGUUUGUGGUACGUGAAAAUGAAGUUGGGGGAUCCUAUAAAUAUAGGUCUGUUCAAGAUACGGGUGUAAGUGUGACAAUGAGGUACGAAGAAACCGGUAGACACUUUUCUCCACCGUCGAGGGGUGUGCCAACAGGUAGGAGAUUUGAUCACGAUAGACUACAACACAGAGACGGACUACCUAUGGAUAAGAUACCCCUCACAGAGUCCCACAGUGGGGCAGAUAAAACUAUUCUUUAUGCUAGGGAUGUUUCUUAUUCUGCCUUAUCUCCCUCCUAUGCAAAGGAUUUUGCAGGCACUUCUCACAUGAGGGAUUAUGGAGGUUCCACCAUAGAAAUGUCAAGGAGCGAAUUUCUAUGUGCACACGGUGAUGGCAUCUGUUUACCUGCAUCUUAUGAUCUGUCAAGGAGCAGCGGGAAACUUGCUGAACCAGCUGGGUUUAGUGGGCAUGGGCAAAGGACAGUUUUAGACCCUGCUAGAGCUCUUGAAAUUGGAUCAAGGAAUAUGACAUGUCACCAACGAUGUGAGUUCAGUCCUACCAGGACUGAGCAUGUGGAUUUUCUUAAUUAUAAAUCACAGGUAAGGGCAGCACAUGAUGAGCGUUUAUAUCAAUAUGAUGAUUUACCUAAAAGGACAUUGCCUCAUGGUCGAUUGGACUAUGAGCAAGCUGUAACGGAAUAUGAUAAUAGGGAGUUUUCCAGACCUUAUAUUCCACAUCGAGAUUUAGAUAGAAAUGGUAAGAGUGAAGAUUCUUAUAGCAAUCAAAGAAGGGCUAUUGUACAUGAUCACCCUGCAAUACAUAAGCCAAAGUAUUAUGACUAUCAUGAUGUGAGAAGAACAUCAAUUACAUCAAUGCAAGAUGAGGCUUAUCUGCGAUCUGGAUAUCAUCUUGAAAAUGGGAAAAGAAUGCCACCAGACUAUGAAGUUUCACAUAUGGGUGAACCUGAGGCUGACCGGUUACCAAUUUUAAGAACAGAAUACGAAUCUCGAAGAGAUGUUGGACCAGGGCUCCAGCAAGAAAGGUUUCAAAGUUCACCUAUGUCUAAACAUAAUUCAGAAACCUACAGACAAGCUGUCAGGGCGGAAAUGAGACAGGAUAUUGGCAUUCAUGAGCAUUCAGAGAGACUUAUGAAAAGAAAAUACAAUGCCAAUGAUGAAAUAAAUAUGCAUGAUUUGAGAACCAUAAAAUCAAGUAAAUGGGGUGCAACUGAAGAAUUUCAAGAUGCAUAUGAAAAUGAAGAAUGGGUAGACGAGGAGGAUAUGGAUAUAUUGUAUUCAUCUGGUAAUGUUGAAUUUAACCCCAAGAUGUACAGGAAGUAUAAGAACGAAUAUAAUGAGUUGGAUAACGAAGAAGAUUUUCCAUCUGAUGAACUGAUUAUACCUCAAGGUUCUAUGGGACAUAUACCGAGGAAUUCCCUUCAAUUUCAGAAGUAUUCCAAUCAAAAUAUAAAGCAUCAUUCAAAAUCUAGUUCUUCAAACUGGUCUAAAUCCCAGCAUUUUUCUAAGAGAAAUGCAAUUCAAAAGCAACCUAAAGUUUGGAAAAAGUAUCAUGGAUAUGAUGAGAAUAAUAAGCAUGCAGCUAAUGAUGAAUCAUCUGAAGAUUGGAUAAGUGCUGCAGAAUCCGAGCCGACCGAGGGCUCUGAGGAGUUUAAUCAAAUGGUACAUGAGAAUUUCUUACUGUACUCCAAGAAGUUGAAUCUGAACUUAUAUGUGCAAAGAAGGUACCAGGACCAGGGAAAAGCGGGUAGUUUGUACUGCAUUGCUUGUGGCAGAAGCUCGUCAAAAGAAUUCAUGGACACUCAACGUCUAGUAACUCAUGCUUUUAUGUCCCAUAAGGCUGGGCUGAGAGCCAAGCAUAUGGGGCUUCACAAAGCAAUCUGUGUUCUGAUGGGAUGGGAUACCGUUGUUCCUCAAGAUACAGUAACUUGGGUUCCCCAGGUAUUGCCCCCAGCAGAAGCUCUGGCUCAAAAGGAGGAUUUGAUCCUUUGGCCUCCUAUUGUUAUCAUCCAUAACAUAUCCAUGUCUGAUCAAAAUCCACAAAACUGGAAGGUUGUAAGCAUGGAAACAAUUGAGGCGUUUCUAAGAGGCAAAGGUUUUGUGAGAGGAAGAAUCAAACUGUGCUUAGGGAAGCCUGCGGACCAAAGUAUUGUAUUGGUGAAAUUCCUGGGCACGUUUGGUGGGCUGGGAGAUGCAGAGAGGCUUCAUAAAUAUCUUUCUGAUAAUAAUCGCAGUAGAGCUGAAUAUGAGAGAGUAAAAUCUGAAGGUAUUGAAAACUGCAACAUGGGAGAGACAGACGAAGGAGCCAAAGUGGAGAAUAUUCUUUAUGGGUAUGUUGGAAUUGCUGAGGACUUUGACAAACUAGAUUUCAAUAGUAAGAAAUGGAGUAUGGUAAAGAGUAGGAAGGAGAUUGAUGAUCUGGAUAAAGCUCCCGUUAAAACUGACGAGAGGCGAUAAUUAUAUGGCGUUGAAUUGAAGAUCGUUUCAUGUUACUCUAAUGAAUUGAAUUGGAGUGUGGACUGAUCUAAUUAUGAUGUGUAUGUAGUUCAGGAACUGGAAUUUCAUUUCAAAGUCCUUUGUCAAAGAUGUCUUCAGUUUUUGAAUGCUUUCACCGAACUUCAUACAGCUUAUGCAGCACAUGAGCUUUUUUUAGCAGCAUUGUCGACUUUGAUUUAAUUAUUACAUGUUUAAAGAUAAAUAUUUACGAGUUUUAUUA